UAUUGCAUCAUCAAUAUGACGUAUCCAAACUGUGUUUUAUCCGUGACACACAUGGUAAAUUAUUAGCAACAAAAACGUCAAUUAUAAAACUUUUAUAGCGAUAUGAUAUCCAUAAUUUAGAGAUUUGUAUGGAACGUAAAAAAUGGCACCCAAAAAUAAAGAAAAUACAUCUGGAAAUAAAAAGAAAAGGCAGAUUUCUGAAGAAGAAGAUGAUGAAGAUUACCGAAGACGUAGGGACAGAAAUAAUCAAGCUGUAAAACGCUCUAGAGUGAAAAGUAAGUUACGUACACAACAAACGUUAGAACGUGUAAAUCAGCUAAAAACAGAGAAUGAAUUACUUGAGGAAAAAAUUAAGAUGCUUACAAAAGAAUUAGGAUUUUUGAAAGAUCUCUUUCUCGCACAUGCAGGUUCCAGUCAACAUUCUGUAAAUUUUCAAGAUGUAGACUUAAAUGCUCUUCUGGCUGAAGACACAAAAUCUGUGGAACAGAUGAAAGACACACCUAAAUCAUAAAUUGCACUGAAUUCCACGUGAAAGAAGUAACGUGGUAUUGAUCAGAUCUGAGAUGAAGAUGCACUUUGGUUCGUCUAUUUCUACUACAAUAUCAGACUUCUUGGAAAGAUGUCUGUUUAUUUAUGAAUUUAAUGAAUUUGAGAUGCAUGGUAUUUUAGUGUAUGCAGCUCUUUGCAUGUAAAAUUUAUUAUCAUUGGAAUCUCAAAUACUAAAUAAGAGAAGAUACAGAAGUUAAAGACUAAAAAGUUAACAAUGCUUGUAGAGAUAGAAAUUGUUUUUAUUGGAGAAAAUGACAAUGUUAUGUGAAGAAACUGUAUUUAUGAACGAGAUAAGUGGAUAACAAAGCAUGUAAAGCAACAUAUAUUUAUAAAAAAGAUAU